ACGUCGGGGCGUGUCGACCGCACACACUGCCGCGGUGUGUGUAGCUGCGCGCUACUGUCAGUCCGCCUACGUGAGUCAUUGGAUUGGUGUUAUGAUGAUAGAAUAACACAGCCAUGAGUGUGCUUGUGAAACCACCUGUGCCACCUAAAACCACUUGGAAACCCGGUUAUACCACACACCUCAGUCCGACGUCUCGAUCUGUUCAAGGAGAAUUCUAUCGUGCCGAUUGUAAGGUAAGAGUCGUCAGGACGUUAUGCAAAUAUACUGCGCAACGUGCGGAUGAGUUGUCGUUCGACGAGGGUGAUUUACUCUACGUUUAUGACAGAGACACCGAUCCAAAUUGGUGGAGGGCCAAGUGCGGGGAUCAAAAGGGACUCAUACCGGUCACUUAUGUCGAGGAACAGACGCAGGAGAUUGAUCUGCCGCUGCACGACGCUGCGAGACGGGGCAACAUUUCCUUCCUGAGGGAAUACCUGAAGGAGGGUAUAUCGGGGACGGGUUUGGAUGCAGCUGGAAACACGCCGCUGUACUGGGCGGCACGCACCGGCCACCUGGAAUGCGCGAAGGAGCUUCUCACUUUGCCGAAUCCCGUGGUAAACGCUCAAAACAAGAUGGGCGACACGCCACUGCACGUGGCAGCGAAUCAUGGACAUUUGGAGAUGAUAAAUUUGUUGUUGGAGCAUGAUGCCGAUACGACAUUGAAGAACAAUGACGGUGCCACCGCGGAAGAAUUAGCCUCCGACGCGUCUAUCAGAUCUACGUUGCAACUGCACGGUCAAUAUGAAAUCCCACAUGGAUACGACGACGAUGAUUAUAAAGAUAGCGAUAGCGACUAAGAAUUUCAAAGCCUGCAAUGGGAAUAAAGUAAGAAUUCCAUAUUAUGUGUGUAAACAAAACAAGCAAUUCACAUACUAUAUGUACUAGAAUUUUAUGUAUUAAUAAGUAAAAGUAACUCUACAGUCGUAAAGGCUUCCGGAAGGUUGCCGCGUCCAUUUUCAGUGUGGUCAGGCUUCGCAAACAUUGCAGCUUGCAUCAUCAGGGCUGGGAGACUCUGAAACGUCGGCACCACACAAACACGGCAAACGGACGCGGCAACCAUCCGGAAGCCAUUACGACUGAAGAAGUCAGCAGCCGCGAAAGCUUGAAAGCCAAUAACUUUACAUAUUAAUCCUUUGCGGUCAAAAUUAUUUCUCGCAAAUCAGAAGUAAAACUCAAGAAUUUCCAUGUCCUCUGAUCAGCGGCUGAUAUGAAUAAAAGAAUAAUUUUCUUACUUUAGGAAAUUGAUGGAAAUGUAAUUCUUGCAAAUUAUAAUUAUAGAUUCGAAUGCUCGAAGAAUUACGGGAAAGAUCAUUGCAACGCAUAGUGUCGUUAAAUUUGAAUGUAGGAUCACAAAGGGUUAAAUAAUAAUGUUAAUAUUUGAAAGAUCUCAAACGAUGCUCGCCUCUUUAUAUGUAAUCGUAAGACUCUUGUUUCCCACAGGAUGUGAGUAGCAGCGUAAACGAAAUUUAAUUUACUUUCGAUAAUACAAGAAAGAAAUUCACAUUACAUCGCACUGUCAUAAGUCGAUAGUUUACGUCCGACGAUAAAAAAACAAGAGUCUUCAGAACUGUUAUUUCGUAUUUGUGAUAUGUUAUAGAUAGAGCGUAUUGUUACAAUAUCAGAUAAUAGAUUAAGAUCCUUAAUUAAAAAAAAGGACCAAUAAUUGUAUUAUCACAAAACAUGUAUAACAUGUACAACGUACCAACUCUUUAUCAUACUGCCAUUAGCAUUAUUCAACAAAAUAUUCGUAAAGAGUAUUACAAUGAAAUUAAAUGAAAACUUUAUAUUAGUGAUUAGUAUAUUGUAUGAAAAGUAAAUUUGAGUAUUCGACUUCAAAUACAUAACGUAAUCUGUGCAAAAAAGAGCAACACAGAGUGUUCCUUUAAAUUAGUUAAAGCUCUCAUUUUUCAAUUUUUCGCGCAUACUUUAGCCUCAGAGAAAAAUAAUAGCGUUAUUUAGCCUUCUAUCGUGUAUUCUUGACUGAACAUUAUUGAGUUCUAAUAAAACAAUCUUUAAAGAA